AUGGAACAAAUUAAAAGGUAUCAAGUUCAACUUGAUAGAGAGUUGUCUAAAUAUCCACAAAUUGUUAAAAUCUCAGAACAAUGUAACGUGCCCAAAACAUAUUUAGUUGAAGGAGUGGCUGGUUUCGUCAUUUUAUUGUUAUUUUUUAACGUUUGGGGACAAUUAUUCAGCAAUUUAGUCGCUUGGGGAUAUCCUGCGUAUGCUUCUUUCAAAGCUAUCGAGACCGCGAAAAAAGAUGAUGACACUCAGUGGUUAACUUAUUGGACUGUAUUAGGAUUCAUUCAUACUCUUGAAUUCUUUUCUGAUAAUAUUUUAUCUUGGCUUCCAUCUUACUUUUUUCUCAAGACUUUAUUUUUCCUCUGGUUAUUCAUGCCGCAAACUAAAGGGGCACAAAAAUUAUAUACAGGUUUCUUGAGACCAACACUUUUGACCUAUGAAAAAGAUGUUGAUUCACAACUAAAUCGAGUUAAAACUAAAUAUAUGUAA